AUGGUUGGAAUUUGGGGUAUGGGUGGAAUCGGCAAAACAACAGUUGCCAAAGCCAUCUAUAACAAAUUUUAUCGUAGUUUUGAAGGUACAAGUUUUCUUGCAAAUGUUAGGGAAACUGCGAAGGACUCAAAUGGUAAGAUUGCUCUGCAAGAAAGACUUCUUUCUGAUGUCUUAAAACCAAUCAAGAUAGAGGUAGGUGAUGUUUCCAGAGGGAUCAAUGUGAUAAAAGAACUACUUGGAAGCAAAAAGGUACUUGUCAUCGUUGACGAUGUAGAUCGUGAGGACCAAUUGCAUGCAUUCGCUAUAAGGCCUGAUUCCGUUGGUCCGGGAAGUAGAAUAAUUAUAACAACAAGAGAUCGACAUGUGCUAGAACAAUUGAAAGUGGAUACAAUACGUCUGACUCGAGAAAUGAAUGAAGAAGAAGCUCUUGAGCUCUUCAGUCGGCAUGCCUUUGAAAAUAUUUCUCCUAAUGAAAACUAUAUCGAACUCUCGAGAAGAGUGGUUUCUUACUGCGGAGGUUUACCACUGGCUCUUGAAGUUUUAGGGUCUUUCCUCUUUGGAAGGAGCAUACGAGAUUGGAAUAGCACGCUGAAGAAAUUGGAAAAAAUUCCUGAUUUCAAAAUUCAGUCAAGGCUCAGAAUAAGCUUCGAUGCAAUUGAUGAGAGCCAGAGGAACAUAUUCCUCCAUAUAUGUUGUUACUUCAUCGGAAUGGACAAGAACCAUGUCAUAAAUAUACUUGAGGGCUGUGGUUUUUCUCCAGAAAUAGAAAUCAGUGUCCUGCUCCAACGUUGCCUUGUAACUGUCAGUGAAAAAAACAAGCUAAUGAUGCAUGAUUUGCUUCGAGACAUGGGCAGAGAAGUUGUUCGUGAAGAAUCCCCUGACCGCCCUGAAAGACGUAGUAGAUUGUGGCGUCAGGAAGAUGUAAUAGAAGUUUUGACAGAUAAAUCUGGAACUGAAGAGACUGAAGGACUCGCUCUAAAUUUGCAAAAAUCUGACAACCAGAGUGUGAGUACAGAAGCAUUUAGAAACAUGAGGAGACUGAAAUUGCUCCAACUCAACCAUGUACAACUCACAGGAGACUGCGACAAGCUUCCCAAAAAGUUAAGAUGGCUCUGCUUGCGAGGAUUCUGUGUGUUCACUCCAGAUAAGUUUCUGGAUGCAAGUUACCUGGUUUCUAUGGACCUGCGGGACAGCCUUCCCGCACGAGUUUGGGAGCAUUUCAGGCUGCUUGGGAGAUUGGAGAUACUUAAUCUCAGUCAUUCACCUUACCUAACACAAUCCCCAGACUUUUCACAACUCCCAAGUCUACAGUAUUUGAUCCUUAAAUACUGUGAGAACUUGCUAAAGAUUGACAAGUCCAUUGGACUUGUUUCUCAACUUGUCUUGCUAAAUCUUAAAGGCUGCACUGCGCUCAAGGACCUUCCGGAGGAUUUUUAUAUGUUGCGUUCUGUUAGGACUCUUGUUCUUUCUGGCUGUUCGAGAUUUGAGAAAUUGAGCAAGCAUAUAGGAAAAAUGAGGAGGUUGACAGCUCUUGUUAUAAGUGGCACAGCCAUAAGUGAAGUACCAUCCUCGAUAGAUGAAUUGCAAUACCUGGACUUUUCAUCUCGACAAGGCCUGAGUGGACUAAAGCGAUCUACCCAGGAUGAGACAUCAGGACCUAGCGAGGAUGAGACAGCACGACCUAGGCAGCGUUUGAGGAGCUUGUAA